UCCUCUGCUCUCCCGCUCCCUCCUAGCUAGGCUAGGGUUUUACUUUCCCCUCCGACAAGGUUUCACCGGAGACGCGCGCCACCAUGACUGCCGCCGAGCUGCUCCGCUCCCAGCUCGAGGAGCACAACAUCGAGGAAGAUGAGCCUAUCCUUGAGGAUGAUGAUGACGACCAUCAAGACGAUAACGAGGAUGAGGAUGAAAUGGAUGACGAUGAUGUUGAGGGAGGUGAUGCUAGUGGAAGAUCUAGGAGUGAGAAGAAGUGCAGGAAAGCCAUGGAGAGGCUUGGCAUGAAGGCCAUUACUGGUGUGAGCCGUGUAACUAUCAAGCAGAGCAAGACCGCUACGUUUGUCCUCUCCAAGCCAGACGUCUUCAAGAGCUCGCACUCAGAAACCUAUGUCAUGUUCGGGGUGGUCAAGAUGGAGGACAUGGACGCUAAGCUGCUGGCAGAAGCGGCGGGGCAGUUCAAGGCGCUGGGACCGGGCAGCGUCAUCUCAAAGGGUGAGCCGUCCGUGGCAGCAGCCCAGGACGACGAGGAGGUCGACGAGACGGGCGUUGACAACAAGGAUGUUGAGGUCGUGAUGGUGCAGGCGUCUGUGUCGAGGUCCAGGGCUGUGAAGGCGCUCAAGGCUGCAGAUGGUGACAUUGUCAGCGCCAUCGUGGAGUUGACUAACUAGGUGAUGAUAGGUGGGGGGUCACUAAUCAGUCUUAGUCAUGUCAUCUUGAAUGUUGCAGUUGCGGAAUUGGAGGCUGUAUGUCUAUUCAAACAGGUUUUUGAGGCGUUUUAACAUCUGAGGACCAGCAAACUGCUUGCUCUUAUGCGGAAUUCUGAAUCUGCUGUGCCAAAUUUUGAUACAAAUGCAUGUCACUCGGGUUUCAGACAUUGUGAU